AUGGCCGAUGAGAUUGAGCACGAACUGAGUCUUCCAUGGAUGGCUCGCCUGGACCACCUGGAACACAGGAUGUGGUUGGAGGAAAAAGAUGCUUUCAUACUAUGGAUGGGAAAAUUAUCUUGCCAUAGGUCAUCAUUGGUUCAUAAUCAAGAUAUUCUGCAACUUGCUCUGCACAACUUCGUACUGAGACAAUCUAUUUACAGAAUGGAGCUUGAUGUAGUAAAAGGGUGGUCUGAAACAACCGGACUUAGCAAGAUGGGGUUCGGUCGAGAGAAGACAACAUACUCUUAUUUUGCUGUCGCCACUUCCGUUUCUCUACCUUGCAACUCUGACAUACGAGAAGUGGUUGCCAAGAGCGCCAUCAUAAUAACCGUUGCCGACGACUUUUUCGACAUGGAAGGUUCACUAGAGGAUCUAGAAAAGCUUACCAAUGCGGUUCAAAGGUGGGAUGGUGAAGGCCUAAGUGGGCAUGCCAAGACCAUAUUCAAAGCCGUCGUUGAUCUCGUCACCGACUUCAGAGUGAAAUGCUUCAAACAAUCAGGGAAGGACAUCCAGAAAAUCCUCCAAGAUAUAUGGGGUGAGACAUUUCAUUCAUGGCUCAUGGAAGCAAAAUGGAGCCGAAGCGGAGGUGCGCCUUCUACGCAAGAGUACCUCGAUAUGGGCAUGACAUCUAUCGCAGCACACAUCUUAGUCCUUCCCUCUUCAUGUCUUGCAAGCCCCACGACCCUGUUGCAUCAACUGUGCUCUAGCCCCUACCAGCCCAUCACCAAAUUGCUCAUGGUCAUCACUCGCUUGUUGAAUGACAUCCAAAGCUACCAGAAAGAAGAAAAGCAAGGGAAAUUGAACUUUGUGCUGCUAUACCUAAAGGAAAACCCCAAGGCUAGCAUUGAGGACUCCAUCAACUUCGUGCAAUAUCUGCUAGAGCAACUGAAGAAAGAGUUCCUCAAACACGUCCUUGAGGAGCCCUGCAGCUUGCCUAAACCGAGCAGGCGGCUCCACCUCGGGUGCUUGAAAGUGUUCCACAUGUUCUUCAACUCCUCCAACCGCUACGACUCAGACAUGGACAUGUUUCACGACAUCCAGAAAGCCCUUGUAGUCCCGCCACUAAUCCCCAAACUGAAGUCCCCGAUGCCUUUGCCGGAGCAACUGGGUCCGAAGCCACGGGUGUCUGUGACCAAGAGCCUGUCCGGUCAAUUCAGCCUCGAGCGUUUUCCUAGGAAGAGCUUUGUUGGGUGUCAAAUGCCUUCCCAUAGUGGUCCGGCGAAUAGAUGGGAGAAGAUGUACAAGUUAUCUAGUUUUAAGUUAUGUUUCGCUUAGUUAUAGCAGUGGCAAAUCUUCAUGUACCAUAGUCAUGAAUCAAUCUUUUAGGUUCCCCCUCCUGAAGUUACUUUGGUUUGUAUCAAUAAUGAAUAA